AUGCUCAAGUUAUCUUGGGCAGUGUGCCUCGGAGCUCUUAGCUUGUUACCUUCAGUGGUGUAUGCCGCAGGAUGUGCUGGGCUUAGCGGCAGCGCAUCUGGGAAUGAUCCAUUUUGGAUGAACAACUCCGGCUUGACGUCGCUCAGCAAAAGUGUGUACAAGUCGGGCUAUAAGGUCUUCCGCAAUGUGAAAACCGACUAUGGGGCCGUGGGCAAUGGUGUCGCAGGCAUGUACGACACCGCUGCAAUUAACCGAGCGAUCAGCGAUGGCGGUCGUUGUGGCCAAGGCUGCGUAUCAUCUACAAUUACACCCGCAAUCAUCUUCUUCCCUCCGGGGAAGUAUCGUGUGACUGCACCUAUAAUUCCAUUCUACUAUACAACUCUUGUUGGUGACUACAACAACAAACCAAUGCUUGUCGCAGAUGCUAACUUCAAUGGCAUUGCUGUUAUUGAUGCUGAUCCUUAUAUUCCUGGACAAGUGAACCCUGAUGGUUCAGGAGUUAAUUGGUGGACAAAUCAGAAUAACUUUUUUCGCUCAAUUCGAAACUUUGUGAUUGAUGUUACGGCCAUGCCACCUGAUGCAUAUGGAACAGGUAUUCACUGGCAAGUCGGCCAGGCAACAUCAUUGAACAAUAUUGACUUCAAGAUGUCAUCUGCAUCUGGAACAAGGCACCAAGGGAUAUUCAUGGAGAAUGGGUCUGGUGGAUUUAUGUCAGAUCUGACAUUCAAUGGUGGUGCAUUUGGCAUGUGGCUCUCUAACCAGCAGUUUACUAUCCGCAAUGUGAAGAUUACCAAUGCUGUUUCUGCCAUAUAUCAGCUCUGGAAUUGGGGUUUCACAUGGCAGAAUAUCCAGAUAUCGAAUUGUCAAGUUGGAUUUGAUCUCAGUACUGGGGGGUUAACCCUAGCCACACAGAGUGCUGGUGGUGUCCUGAUUAUUGAUUCUAAAAUAUCAUCCACUGGUAUUGGUAUCAGGAUGACAAGCAGUCAACCAAAAACACUUGGUGGCUCCAUUGUUCUAGACAAUGUUGCCUUCUCUAAUAUCAAGACUGCCAAUAUUCAAGAUGCUAGUGGCACGUCCCACUGUCGAGCUCCAGGUUUUAGUGGGUCGGGAGGUGGUGAUGAUGGGGUAGCUUGCUACCCUGGAGCGCCUCCCAGCCCCCCACACGACGCGACCGGCGAGCCGUGA